CGUGCGACUCGGCCAAUGAGCGCUGGGGGGGGGAGCCGUGGCGGGGUUGGUGCGGCUAAGAUGGAGUCGAUAGCGCUGGUGGCGCCGGUGACAGCGCUGGAGUUCGCGGGGGACGUGCUGCUGGCGGGUACAGGCCCGGAGGUGGUGGCGUUUCGGCUGAGCGGCAGCGGGCCGGCGGCGGCGGCGGGCCGGCGGAGCGUGCUGCGUGAGGCCAGCGUGCAGGGGCUGCGGGUCGAGCCGGGGCCCGGGCCGGCAUCGAGGGUAGCGGUCUUCGGUGGGCGCUGGCUGGCAGUGCUGGCGGUGCUGCGCGGCGGAGGGAGCGGCGGGCCGCGGCUGGCGGCGUGCGGCGGCGGGGCCGCGCGCGAGCUCGGGGCGCGGGUGUGGGAGGUGCGCUGGGCGCCGGGCAGGCGGCUGGCGCUGGGGCUGGGCGGCGGGACCGUGGCGCUCUACGAGUGGCGGGGCGGCGGGUGCUGGUUGCGACAGGCGAGCUGCGGCGGGGCCGGGGCGCUGAGGUGCGCUGUGCUGGCGGGGGUGAGCUGGGCGCGGCUGGCGCUGGCGGCCGGCACGGCGACGGGGGCCGUAGUGGUGUGGCGGGCGGCGGCGGCGACGGCCCCGCAGCGUCAGCUGUGCGGGCACCGGGGCGCGGUGCUGGCGCUCUGCUACGCGGCGUCGCGGGGGCUACUCGCCUCCGCCUCCGAAGAUCGCAGCGUGCGGCUCUGGGCCGUGGGCGAGUUGGGCGGCGGGGACGGGGCCGGCACCUGCCUGCUGGUGUGCUACGGGCACGGGGCGCGAGUGGCCGCCGUGGUGCUGCGGGGGCCGCUCCCGGUCAGCGCUGGGGAGGAUGGCGCAUGCCUGGAGUGGGGCGGCGGCGGCGGCGUGCGGCGGGCGCGGCGCGGUCACCGCGGGGCCUUGCGCGCCCUUGCUCUGCGCCCCGCCGGCGGCCGCCUGGCCACGGGCGGCGACGACGGCGGUGUCCGACUCUGGCAGCCCCGGCGAGCGGCCGCAGAGGCGGUCCCCAGCGUUGCGGCGCUGGGGGCCCCGGAGCGGCCGCGAGCCGUGCUGCUGGUGGGGCCGCGACGGGUGCUGGUGCUGGGCGAGGCGGGCGGGCUGGCCUCAUUCGAGGUGGCUCAGGGGCGCUGGGCGCCGGUGCUGCACCCCACCGCCGGCGGGCCCCGCGCCGUGCUGGCGGCCGCCCCGCUGGACAGAUGGGACGAGACGCUGUGUGCUGUGGCCGGCGGCGACGGGCGCCUCCUUCUUUUCGCCUUGAGCCGCCCUGGAGCCGCCGCAGAGCUGAGGCUGUUCGAGGGGCCCGUGCACGGGCUGAGCUGGGCCCCCCGUCCCGGAGUGCCCCCCGACACCGCUGCUGCCCUUCUGGCCUCCGGGCCCGACGGGGAGAUGCUCUGGCUGGACGUCACCCACCGCCCAGGCCAGGCACCCUGGGUGCAGCUCAUGGGUCGGUAUCUGCUGCCUCCCUGCAAGCAGCGCUGGCACACCUGUGCUGCCUUUCUGCCCCAGGAAGGGCUCCUGGUCUGCGGGGACCGCCGGGGCUCCCUUCUCCUCUUCUCUUGCAACAGCUCCUCGGAGUGUGCUGCAAAAAGCACCAGCAUUGUCAAUGGUGGCAGUGACCCAGUUGUUGAGGACUCCAGCAAUGAGUUGGAGCCCUCUUGCUUGUUGCACAAAGAGGCUCUUCCUCUUGAGUCCCCACUGUCAGUGCUCUUCGGACUCCACGGGAAGACAGGAGUUACUUCAGUGACCAUCCACGGGGGCUACAUUUACAGCACUGGCCGGGAUGGUGUCUACCGCCAGCUCCGCUUGCAGGACCAGCAGCUGGAGGUCCUGCAGAAGCACAGGCCCUGCAAAGGGCUGCAGUGGAUUGAGGAGCUGCGCUUCACCUCGGAUGGGGACCUGCUUGUGCUGGGCUUUCAUGCUGACAACUUUGUAGUGUGGAGCACCAGGAUCGGCGAGAACAUCCACUGCAUCCCCUGUGGGGGUGGGCACCGCUCCUGGAGCUAUUGCAGCAGCCCCUUGGCUGAAAUGUUCGCCUUUAUCAAGUCUGGGGAUGUGAUGCUGUACCACUGUGAGCCUGAGCCCUGCGAGCAGCAGGUGCUGCUGGCAUCCCUGCACGGGCGGGAGAUCACCUGUGUGCGGCGCCUGGGGGCUGUGGAGGUGCCCGGCCAUGCCACCUUUAAUGUGUUUGUCACUGGCAGUGAGGACACCACGGCCUGUGUCCUGGUGCUCAGUGAGAACUCUCGGGCAGCUGUGCCCCUUGCCCGCAUCAGUGACCAUAUUUCCAGUGUAAGGACGUUGGCAUUUGCCACAGGACCUGGAGAUGAGGGCUUUGGUGAUGAGGGCUUGUCUGCCCUGCUCUUCACUGCAGGCGGCCGUGCACAGAUUGAGUGCUACCGGCUGCUGUGCACUGGAGACACAGCAUCUGAGAGUACUGUGGCCUGCCAGGUCAUCCAUGUGGCCUCCCACCGGCUGGACAAGCACUGGGAGCAGAAGAAGAACAGGCACAAGCUUAUCAAGAUGGACCCAGAGACAAGGUACAUGUCCCUGUCAGUUGUGCCUGGGACCAGCACCAAGCAGCUGCCAAGACCCUGGAAGUUCCUGGCUGCUGCUUGCAGUGAUGGAUCAGUCCGGAUCUUUGGGCUGCUGGAGGCUGCUCGGAAGUUGGUGCUGGUAGCAGAGUCAUUUUACCACCAGCGCUGUGUGCUGAAGGUGGAGGCGUUCCUGCACACAUGGGCAGGAGGGGAAAGGAGGCACCUCCUGUGCAGUGCAGCCACUGAUGGCAGCAUUGCCUUUUGGGACAUCACCGGCACCAUCACAGACGCGGUGGAUGCCCUGCACCAAGCAGAGGGAGAGAUGCAGCCAUUGGGUGAGUGCUGCUGUCUGGCAGUUCUUCUGCUCCCUCUGACCAAGGUGAGCGUUGCUUUCCUGACCGAGCCUGUUUACCCAGCCCUGGAUGCCCCGCUGGUCACCAUCAUGGCCCACAGCUGCGGCGUGAACAGCCUUCACAUCCGCGAGACGCCCGAGGGACGGUACCUGGUGGCCAGCGGCAGUGAUGAUGGCUCCAUCCAUGUCUGCCUGCUGGAGGUAGCCCUGGGCAGGGGUGAGGCUAUAGCAGGGACCUGCCUGCAGGUCCUGGAGCGGGUGUCCAGGCCUUGUGCUCAUGCUGCCCAUGUGACGGGGAUCCGGGUGCUGCGGCCAGACCUGCUGCUCUCUGCCUCAGUGGACCAGCGCCUGACGCUGUGGAACCAGCGCCCGGGCGAGCUGGUGCCCCUCAGCACCACCUUCUUCCAUGUGCCUGACCUAGCUGAGCUGGACUGCUGGGAGGUAGAGGCUGGGGGGGAGCUGUGGUACUACUGUGUGCUCUGUGGGCAGGGCCUGGAGAUGCUGUGUGGCACAGCCUCCUCCAAACCUCCUCCACAAGAGGCUCCCCAGUAAUCGGGUAGGUGUGUGACACAUCCAGGUCCCUGCCUGCAUUUGGAGGGCAUCUUGCACUUGGGCUCUUGCCCAUCACUGUGGCACAUGCCACAGUUGUGGUGCUCAGGGCCAGUGGUCUCUGGGAAGAAAGCAGAUGUGAUCCCUCCUGGACAAGCCUGAGGCUUCCCCAUGCAGUAAAGAAGUGGGGUUGUGGAUCCCCACUGCCCAAGAGCAGUUCUUCCUCUCCAAGGUGUGAAGGACCCAUGUCCGCUUUCCAGACUUGGUCUCAGAGAAGAACCUUGCUUGGGAGGGCACUGAGGACAUGGCCUGGCCCUGGGAGCUUGAGAGCAGCAGGAGGCCAGCAAGGGUCAGGCACUGGUGUGACACAUGGUGGGCUGCAGCCUUGUGUGUCCUGGGACAGGGCCCUGUGUGGCAGUCUUGACCCUGCAGUGCUCAGGAUGGUGCUGAAAUUGACAGGGAUGCUGAUCCUCCACAGCA